UUCCUUGCAAUGAAAAUGUUUCUAGUUAAUGCCACAGCAAUAGUAUGCUAAAUUUUGCUUACCCAUGUUGAACAUGAGGUCAACAAAAUCAAAACUAGUUUCAAUUAAAACAAAAAACAAAAAAAACACUGCGUGAGGGUGACCAAGUUUGUCGCUUGUUUUCAAAGAAAAAGAAAAAGAGGUAAGCUGCUGGACCAUACUUAAACUGUUCUUGUCCUUUAUCUGAAUGGCAUCUUCUUCUCCAUCCAGAGGAGGAGAUAUGAAGAGGAAGCCAACAGCAGUGGUUGUUGGGGGAAGCAUAGCAGGGAUAUCUUGUGCUCACUCACUGAUAACAGCGGGAUGGGAUUUAGUGGUGAUUGAGAAAUCGGAUUCACCACAGACUGGUGUUUCAACUGGUGCAGGCCUUGGACUCGACCAACAAGCUCGAAGUUUCAUUGAACUCUGGUUGAACCAAUCGGAGCUCCUCCACAACGCUACCUUGCCGCUUAGAAUCGAUCUGAACCAAGCAACAGACAGUGAGAAGAAGAUUUGCAAGGUACUGACGAGAGAUGAAAAUUUCAAUUUUAGGGCAGCUCAUUGGGCUGAUCUUCACGGCUUGCUUUACAAAGCUUUACCGUCAGACAUUGUCCUUUGGGGCCACCAGUUUCUCUCCUUCUGCAUUUCAGAUGACAAAGCUUCUGUAAGAGUUAAAGCAAAAGUGAUACAAACAAAUGAGAUAACAGAAGUAGUUGGUGAUUUGCUUGUUGCAGCAGAUGGUUGUCUGUCAACAAUUCGUAAACAUUUCCUCCCCGAUUUUAAGUUAAGGUACUCAGGUUACUCUGCAUGGAGAGGAGUGCUUGAUUUUACGGGAAAUGAAAAUUCUGAUACCAUCACCAAUCUCCGUAAGGCUUUCCCUGAGCUUGGGAAAUGCUUGUAUUUUGAUAUGGGUUGUAGAACUCAUUGUGUAUUUUACGAGCUUCAGAACAGAAGAAUCAAUUGGAUAUGGUACGUCAAUCAACCAGAACCAGAAUUGAAGGGAAAUUCAAUGACAACGAAAGUAAGCAACGAGAUGAUUGAACAGAUGCAUAAAGAGGCUGAAUGUGUUUGGGCUCCAGAGUUGGCAAGGGUAAUGAAAGAAACAAAAGAACCUUUCAUCAAUCUCAUAUAUGAUAGUGAUCCUCUAAAAGAGAUUCACUGGGAUAAUGUGGUGUUAAUCGGAGAUGCAGCUCAUCCCACCUCUCCACAUGGUCUAAGAAGCACAAAUAUGUCAAUUUUAGAUGCUGCCGUUUUAGGCAAAUGCCUUGAGAAGUGGGGAUUAGAGAACUUGGGUGUCGCUCUAAACGAAUUCCAGACUAUCCGGCUCCCUGUUAUGUCUAAGCAAGUUUUACACUCAAGAAGAAUGGGGCAGAUUAAACAGGGACUAGAUCUACCUGAUCGUGAAAUUUUAGAUCCCAUGAAAGCCGUUCCAGAGGAUUGUCAAGAACUUCAACAGAGAAACAUGCCAUUCUUUGCUGAUGCACCUACAGCAGUAAAUAUCACUUGAUUGUUUUCCUCCCUCUUUAAAAACCAGACUAGUUCUGGUACGUUUCUUCAGAUCAUUGCUGCAAAAAAAUGCUUAACAUUGUUAGCCAUGAAUAGCAUAUAUAUUUAAUGCAUAGUAAUAACCUUUGGA